ACCAAGCAAAGUACAACAGGAAACCGUAGACUAGAGUUACGUACCUACUGACUCUGGAUUUGCAAUCCUUGUUUUUCGUGUAUUUUCACAGUUUCACUUGACAGAGGAGCACCAGUUUCUACUGCUCUCCGGUUUGUGUGGUCUCCUGCUGAGUGAGACAGAAUGAAGUUGGCAGUUGUUCUGCUGGCACUCACGCUGGCCUCUGCGUUUGCUGCUGAGGAGUCGUGUGUGGGUCGCUGUCACAGCUUCAACCCCAUGUCCAAGUGCCAGUGUGACUCCAUGUGUCGCUACUACAGCAGCUGCUGCAUGGACUUCAACAGUGCCUGCCCUAGGAAGAGUGCCCGCGGUGACACAUUUGAUGCCCCAGAGGACGAUGUAGUGAACACCCCCAUUACAGCAGUUAACACCAACCCUGGGACCAUGGUUGACCCAGAGACCACAAACAUUCCCCCAGUUAUGAACACAACUGCUGUCCCCACCACCACCCUGGCCCCGACCACCACCAUCCACACCCCCACCCCCCCCCCUGACCCCGAGGCAGUGCCCUGCAGCGGGAAGCCCUUCGACGCCUUUCUCCAGCUCAAGAACGGAUCCAUCUAUGCCUUCAGAGGUGAUUAUUUCUUCGAGCUCGAUGAGAGGGCGGUUGUCCCCGGUUACCCCAAACUGAUCUACGACAAGUGGGGGAUCAGAGGACCUAUAGAUGCUGCCUUUACUCGCAUCAACUGCCAGGGCAAGACCUACAUCUUCAAGGGAAAUAAGUAUUGGCGUUUUGAGGACGAUGUUCUGGAUGCCGAUUACCCUCGGGACAUCUCUGUAGGGUUUGAGAAGGUUCCAACUGACGUCGACGCUGCCUUCGCCAUACCAGCACCCGGUCACCAUGGCAAAGAGAAGGUCUACUUCUUCAAAGGGGACCAGUACUACCAGUAUGAGUUUAAGCACCAGCCGUCUCACGAAGAGUGUGUGCGCUUGACUAAGUCUUCCCCCUCUGUGCUCUUCACGCACUACACCAACCUGUACUGUGACGAUACCUGGGAGAACCUAUUCACCAUGCUUUUCCAAGGCCUGCAGGGCCACAAAAAGGGCCCACGGUUCAUCAAUAAAGACUGGGUGGGGAUCAAGUCCCCCAUAGACGCUGCCAUGGUGGGCCGUCUUUACAUCAGCCCUAAACCCACUCCCUCCCCAUCCCCCACCCCCAGGAGACGAGCCAAUAGGUGGAGGAAGGACAGGAGGCGGGGUCAGAGAGGCAGGGCCAGACAGAGUCGCUCAGCGUACUUUGAGGAUUUCUUUUUAGAUGACCACGACUGGAUGAUAGGAGGCUUCACCUAUGACUCUGACUACAGUGACUAUACCCCCACACACACUACACACGACAAGACAAUGCCUGUACAGAACGUCUACUUCUUCAAGAAAGAUAAAUACUACAGGGUGGAUCUCCAGACCAAACACAUCGACUUUGCCAGCCCUCCCUACCCACGAUCCAUUGCCAAGUACUGGCUGGGCUGCAAACAGGAGUCUGGCCCGUACAGAGAAGAGAUAGACAGACAUUACGAGCCAAUGGCAGAGAAGAGAUGAAAAGCGAUAGACAAUACAAGCUGAUGAUGACUUUCAUUACGAAGUUACAUAAGUUCAAUAUAGAUGAUCUAAUCAUAAUGGUAGCGCACAAUGAAAAACAUACUAUAGUAGUUAUUCUUGCAUUGUUUGUAUUGACUAAAGAUAGUCAACCUGAUACAUCAGUCUACACUGUAUAUUUAGGUUGACAUGAUUAAAUAAAAUAUUCAUGAUUUGUA